GAACAACAGUGACAGAGGGAGAGCUGUGCAGAGGAACGAAAGUGACAGAGGGAGAGCUGUGCAGAGGGGUGACAGUGACAGAGGGAGAGCUGUGCAGAGGAACGACAGUGACAGAGGGAGAGCUGUGCAGAGGAACGACAGUGACAGAGGGAGAGCUGUGCAGAGGAACAACAGUGACAGAGGGAGAGCUGUGCAGAGGGGCGACAGUGACAGAGGGAGAGCUGUGCAGAGGGGCGACAGUGACAGAGGGAGAGCUGUGCAGAGGAACAACAGUGACAGAGGGAGAGCUGUGCAGAGGGGCGACAGUGACAGAGGGAGAGCUGUGCAGAGGGGCGACAGUGACAGAGGGAGAGCUGUGCAGAGGGGCGACAGUGACAGAGGGAGAGCUGUGCAGAGGAACGACAGUGACAGAGGGAGAGCUGUGCAGAGGAACGACAGUGACAGAGGGAGAGCUGUGCAGAGGAACAACAGUGACAGAGGGAGAGCUGUGCAGAGGGGCGACAGUGACAGAGGGAGAGCUGUGCAGAGGGGCGACAGUGACAGAGGGAGAGCUGUGCAGAGGGGCAACAGUGACAGAGGGAGAGCUGUGCAGAGGAACGACAGUGACAGAGGGAGAGCUGUGCAGAGGAACGACAGUGACAGAGGGAGAGCUGUGCAGAGGAACAACAGUGACAGAGGGAGAGCUGUGCAGAGGGGCGACAGUGACAGAGGGAGAGCUGUGCAGAGGGGCGACAGUGACAGAGGGAGAGCUGUGCAGAGGGGCGACAGUGACAGAGGGAGAGCUGUGCAGAGGGGCGACAGUGACAGAGCCCCUGCAGUGCAGAGGGGUAACGGUGAUAGAGGUUGCUGUGAGGAUGAAGAGACCCCAUCAGUACAGUGCUCCAGAGACUGACUCCGAGGAGCUCAUCGAUGUGGGACAGGAGGACGGGUUCUGCCCUGUCACCGGGUCCCAGUCCCUCACCACCACCUCUCAGACACAAGCGAGAAAGAGACGACGUGGGAUCAUUGAGAAACGCAGGAGAGAUCGAAUCAACCACAGCCUGUCUGAGCUGAGACGCCUGGUCCCCAGCGCCUUCGAGAAGCAGGGCUCGUCCAAGCUGGAGAAAGCUGAGAUCCUGCAGAUGACUGUGGAUCACCUGAAGCUGCUCCACGCGAUGGGAGGGAAAGGUUAUUUGGACGCGCACGCCCUGGCAGUGGAUUACAGGAGCCUGGGUUUCCGGGAGUGCGUGGGGGAGGUGGCACGCUACCUGAGCUCCCUGGAGAGCCUGGAGAAUGCAGACCCCAUCGGCACACGGCUGGUUGCUCACCUCAGCCACUGUGCCAGCGAGAUGGAGCCCCUUCUGCCCAGCCCCGCCUCCCUGCCCUACCCUCACCCCUGGCCCUGGGACUUGCCUCAGCUCUCCAGCACCUUCCCGCGGAGGGGAAGCGAGGUGCGAGUCCCCAGGAGGGACGUGCCUCUUCCCCCCGCAACUGCCCUCCUCGCUGCCUACCCCUCCCCCAUGGGCUGCCUGCCCACCACUCAGCAGGGAGGGGCGAUGGCAGUCCGGAGAAUCGUCCCCAUGGCAACCCUCCGAGGACACGGACUCUCGCAGCCUGGCAACGGCCUGUCACCUGCGCUGCAUCACCCACGCCCCACCCAGCUGUCUUUCAGAGCCUUCGCUCCCUCCUCUCCCCCCUCCAGCGGGGCAGCCCAGCCAAGCCGAUCGUGCGGGACUGAGAUCGGGGCUUUCUGAAGAGCAGACCCAGCCAGGUCUCUGAGCGGGGAAAACCUGUCCCAUGAAAUCCGUUUACACAGCAGGGGCAGAUCUGAACGCAGCUGCGCUUUAAAAACAUCAGGACCAAACCGGUCGUUUCCCUUGCAAAGGUUUCCUGUGAUAGUAAGAGCACAGCAUAGUUUAACAAAGCACAGCGCAAGCACGGUCAAGCAUGGCAAAGCCCAGAGAGAAAACCACGGUAAAUACAUAAGUAUAACCAUGGGAAAAGCAUGAGGUGAAAACUGCAAAAUGACUGUGAAACAGUACUGUGGAAUCUAAACACAGAUCCAAACACACAUCUAAACACAGAUCCAAACACAGAUCCAAACACAGAUCCAAACACAGAUCUAAAUACAGAUCUAAACACAGAUCCAAACACAGAUCCAAACACAGAUCCAAACACAGAUCUAAAUACAGAUCUAAACACAGAUCUAAACACAGAUCUAAACACAGAUCCAAACACAGAUCCAAACACAGAUCCAAACACAUAUCUAAACACAGAUCCAAACACAGAUCCAAACACAGAUCCAAACACAGAUCCAAACACAGAUCUAAACACAGAUCCAAACACAGAUCCAAACACAGAUCCAAACACAGAUCUAAACACAGAUCCAAACACAGAUCCAAACACAGAUCUAAACACAGAUCCAAACACAGAUCUAAACACAGAUCCAAACACAGAUCCAAACACAGAUCCAAACACAGAUCUAAACACAGAUCCAAACACAGAUCCAAACACAGAUCCAAACACAGAUCCAAACACAUAUCUAAACACAGAUCCAAACACAGAUCCAAACACAGAUCCAAACACAGAUCCAAACACAGAUCUAAACACAGAUCCAAACACAGAUCCAAACACAGAUCUAAACACAGAUCCAAACACAGAACCAAACACAGAUCCAAACACAGAUCCAAACACAGAACCAAACACAGAUCCAAACACAGAUCCAAACGCAUAUCUAAAUACAGAUCUAAAUACAGAUCCAAACACAGAUCCAAACACAGAUCCAUUGUUUGCAUUGUUUCAGAACGGGGCUUGUGCAAAGCACAACAGUGUGUGCGAAUCUCUUAAGCAUCAUUUUUGUCUUUAAAAGGAAAUGAAUAAAAAAAAAGGCUUGGUCCAAUUAAUAUUGAGACGGUAGCAGUGUUUGGAUGUGACAUCGUUUGCACUGAAUGAAUCGCCCCUUCAUAGAGGAUCAUGAUGAAUUGAACUGAUAGAGCUAUCACCGUCCUGUUUGCUUCCUCGCUGUCUAACUCUCCUGCAGCACCUCUGGUGUGUUUAAUAAAUUCCUAUUAAAAAUAUGUUCUGAAUCUGCGUGUGUUGUUCCAUUUGUGUGUGGAAGAGAGAAGGAGAGAAAGAGGACAGCAGGCCAUCCAAAUAGGAAUCCUUUGUCAUUUCUGAA